AUGCUAUCCCCCCUAUCAUUCCUCCCGAAGCGCCACUCCAAGUCCAAAUCCAGGUCGAAGCACCAGCGUGCCGACGACGACCUGGAAGCAGCGCGCCCGGCGUCUCCGACCCCGUCAUCGUCAUCGUCAUCCUCCGACACCUCCGAGACCCACCCUCUCUUCAAGACCAAUCCCACCGCGUGGACGUGGAAGGACAGCGUCAAGUUCUACGUGUGGAGGGCCAAGGCGAGGGUGAUGUACGCGGUCGAGUCGUAUCGGAUCAAGAAGUCAAGUCGACUGGCUGACACGGCAGGCGUCGAAUGA